AUGGCCUCGGGGGCUUCUCCGUGCCUUGGGGUGCCUCCGCACCGUCUGUGGGCCGUGAGGCCUGGCAUCUACGAGGACGAGAAGGGGAGGACCUGGGUGACCGUGGUCGUGCGGCUCAGUCCCUCCCAGAGAGCUCGGGGCAGGGGCUCCCCGGGCAGCACACAUGAACCCAGCAUCACAGUCCACAUGUGGCAGAUGCCAGUGCACCCCCAGAAGCCCAUGUCCCCCAGCCAGCUGACACUCUCCCAGCUGCCCCUCAUGUGGCAGCUCUACCCCGGAAGAAGGUACAGAACAAUGGACUCCAGGCUCUGGGAAGUAGUGGACCACGGCCAGAUUGCCUCCACAGAGCAGCUGAUUCUGACCCAGCUGCCGCCCGGGGAGUGA